AAUGACAUCACGAGUUCAGCCUUCAUUCAUAGUGGAGCUACACGAGAGGAGGGCUGUGACUGUUUUCAACGCGAUCUUUUCUUUUUAAUGGCGUCUGUGUUGCGGAAUACUCGCUGUUGAUUCGUGCAAUAUCGACAGAGCAAAACGUUUCAGCGACAUGUCUGAAGAAGCAAGUUCUCAGGACGGGAAUGGAAAGGUCAGUCGAGUCGUCCGUAUCGGGACCCGCCAGAGCCAGUUGGCUCGCAUCCAGACUGACAGCGUGGCCGCCACGUUAAAAGAGCUGUACAGUGACGUCCACCUGGAAAUAGUCGGCAUGACAACAAUCGGAGACAAAAUCCUAGACACAGCUUUAUCAAAGAUUGGAGAGAAGAGUUUGUUCACCAAAGAGUUGGAGAACGCUCUGGAGAAGAACGAGGUCGACCUGGUUGUUCACUCGCUCAAAGACCUUCCCACCACUCUGCCUCCAGGGUUCACCAUCGGGGCCGUGCUGAAGAGAGAAAACCCCCAUGAUGCAGUGGUGCUUCACCCUAAACAUAAAGGGAAAACUCUGGAGACUCUGUCAGAACACAGCGUGAUCGGCACCAGCUCCCUGCGCCGCGCCGCUCAGCUGAAGAAGAGAUUCCCCCACCUGGACUUCAAAGAUAUUCGUGGGAAUCUGAACACGCGUCUGAAGAAGCUGGAUGAGAAGGACGACUUUGCCGCCAUCAUCCUGGCUGCUGCCGGUCUGCGGAGGAUGGGCUGGGAGAACCGGAUCAGCCAGAUCCUGAUGCCUGAAGACUGUAUGUACGCUGUUGGACAGGGGGCUCUUGCAGUGGAGGUCCGAGCCCGAGAUGAAGACCUCCUGGAGAUGGUUUCUGUCCUCCAUGAUCAUGACACUGUGCUGCGCUGCAUAGCUGAGAGAGCCUUCCUCAGACGCCUGGAGGGGGGUUGCAGUGUUCCAGUAGCUGUACACACUGAGUUGAAGGACUCCCAGCUCUACCUGACGGGGGCCGUGUACAGUCUGGACGGAUCAGACAGUCUGAAGGAAACCAUGCAGACGAGCAUCACUGCUACUGGAAAGAGUCUGGAGGGGGUGGACGAGCAGCUCCAGCGAGUGGGAGUCACAGCGAGCAAGAUCUCUGGUGAAGCCCAGGACCGGGCUGAGCGACUGGGGACAGACCUGGCCAACUUACUGCUGAGCAAAGGAGCCAAAGAGAUCCUGACUGUAGCCAGGCAGCUCAAUGACGCCAGAUAAUCCUGCACGAGCUGAGGGGCGGGCCAUUGGAUGAGUGGGCGUGUUGUGAGGAGGAGGCGUGUCUUGAGGAGGAGGGGGCGUGUCUGUCUCUGCAUCAUGUUGAAUAAACUCCACAGUUUAUUUUUUCUAUCACAUGUUUGACGUUUAUUAAGAGAACGCUGACUUCCUGACUUGUGAGCUCUGCAGGUAAAGGUUUAGGAUUUUAAUCUCGACUUUGACCAAAGCUGCGCUCAGUGUGGUUCACUGCUGCUCAAACGACUGAGUCUGUAGCGCUCAGGCUCUUUGUUCCCUCCUGUUCUUACAUAGAGAACCUUCUCCUGAGCCAUGAAGCCUUACUGGGAUUAUCAGAGAGAAACACCAAACUGCCUUCAAUCAUAGUCGCAGCUGUUAAAGAAUCCUCACUCUCUGAUAACCUGCUGGUUCAAUCUGUCUGAUGUUUUUAGUCAAAUCUCUGUAUCAAUAAGGAAUGCUGUUAAAAAUCUGCAUCCUUAAAUAUUUAUCGUCUGUUUCCUUUAGACUUCAUGCUGAGUCAGAGAAGCUAAAGCCCUGUUUUUUAAGUUGUCCUGAUGUAUCCCAGGCUGUAACUUGUAUAAAUGUAGGCAACAUGACUCAGCAUUUUGUUAUUUUAUAAGUGUAGGUAAACGAUGCAGUGCAAAUAAAUAAUUCAACCUCAGGCACAUAACUGUUUGUGAAGAAACAAGAUAAAUGCAUACAGAAUGAUUUAAAUAAAGAGAUCUUAUUCAUGACUCAUAAAUACCCUCACGCUGCCAACCUGCAUUUUACUUCGAGGCCCACCAGGGGACCGCAUCCCACACUUUGGAACCAUGGGUGACAGAGUUGUAAUAAAAAUCGUAAUAAAUUAAAGACACAGUAUG